AUGGCUGUGAACCAUUUUCAAGGAUCUUUUUUGCAAGACGCGUUCACAGACGGAAUGAAUGAUAGGACUAAGCAUUACCGAAGGAUUCUCAAGAUGUACAAGGAGUUCCAUGAAGCUGUCGUUUCCUACAACAAUGCUGAGGGUAACCUAGAACUCUUUGAUGAGAUCUUCAACGACUUUGUCAUGAUCGAUGUGAAGCAGGAGCUAGAAAGCGAACUUGAGCUUUCUCAGGCUCGUAUUUCUGAUGUCAAGGUUCCUAAUCUGAAUGGGGAUAAGCUAGGAGAGCCACAAAUGUGGCAUUAA